UGCACACGGAGGAACUCUCAUUGUAGCCAAUCACAGCCACGUUUGCUCACCGAUCUGGCAGCACCAACAUGGCAGCUUUCUGAGUUUUGGAGGAGGGAAUCUGUGCAAAUAAACUCAAAAUCGGGCUGUAUUGAAAACGACAGCGCUCCGGUGCUUCAUUUUAUGACGUGUGGAAUAGCAGAGGAAAAAUGUCGAAUGACGGGAAUAAGUUUUGGAAGCGAAACACGGCGAAGGUUCCUGGCAGCAUCCAGCAUGUGUACGGCGCACAGCAUCCACCUUUCGACCCCCUACUUCACGCAAACCUAAUUAAAGCUGGUAACAAGCCUCCUCCUGCGACGCCUGGCAAACCUAAAAAAGCAACCACUUUCCAGGAGUUUGAGAGCACUACGAGUGAUGCCUGGGAUGUGGAGGAUGACGAACUGUUGGCGAUGGGCGCCCAAAAUCUCAACAUUGAGGUUGUCAUGGAAACAGCCAAUAAGGUGAUUGAGAACCACAGCAGGCAGCAGGAGAGGCAGAGGCAGGAUGACUCUUUGGAAGUGGAGCAGAGGGAGGAGGAGCCCACAGAGGAGGACCCUGAGGACCAGGACCUGGAUGUGGAGGAGGAGGUGGAGCGACCCCAUGAGGGAGAGCUGCCCAGCCCAGAGGUGUCGUUUACCUCCAGCCCCUACAGUGAUGUGCGCCUGGUCAAGUCCCACAGCGAGGCUCCAAUUGGGUCACCGAAAGAUGCCGAGAGUGAACGAGCCGCCCUCCACAGACAGAGGUCCCUGCCCCACCGACCCCCUGUCAUCCCGUUAGUGGCACGGAUGGCCGACCAGAACACAUCUGGGACCCCCGCCAUGACCGAGAGAGAGGCCUCCAGGCUCGACAAGUUCCGACAGAUACUGGCUGGACCCAACACAGAUCUGGAUGAGCUACGGAAACUAAGCUGGUCUGGAAUCCCUAGACAAGUUCGACCAAUAACAUGGAAGCUACUAUCAGGAUACCUGCCAGCCAAUGCAGAGAGAAGAGAGAGUGUACUACAACGGAAAAGACAAGAAUAUUUUGGCUUCAUCCAGCAAUACUACGACUCCCGCAAUGAUGAGCACCACCAGGACACAUAUAGACAGAUUCACAUUGACAUACCGAGAACUAAUCCUCUUAUUCCUCUCUUUCAACAAGCUUCUGUUCAAGAGAUUUUUGAAAGGAUAUUAUUUAUCUGGGCAAUUCGACACCCGGCCAGUGGAUACGUUCAGGGCAUCAACGACCUGGUCACGCCUUUCUUCGUAGUCUUCGUGUUUGAAUACAUUGAGGAGGAGGUGGAAAACUUUGACGUGUCCAGUCUCGAGGAAGAGGCUCUGAAGAACAUCGAGGCAGACAGCUUCUGGUGCAUGAGCAAACUGCUGGAUGGCAUCCAGGACAACUACACAUUUGCACAGCCAGGGAUCCAGAGGAAAGUCAAGGCGUUGGAGGAGUUGGUCAGCAGGAUCGAUGAAUCUGUGCACCGCCACAUGCACCAGUACGAGGUGGAGUACCUACAGUUUGCUUUUCGCUGGAUGAACAACCUCCUGAUGAGAGAGCUGCCUCUGCGCUGUACUAUCCGACUUUGGGACACCUACCAGGCUGAACCAGAGGGCUUCUCCCACUUCCACCUCUACGUUUGUGCAGCCUUCCUGGUGCGAUGGCGGAAAGAGAUCCUGGAAGAGAGAGAUUUUCAGGGACUCAUGAUCCUUCUGCAGAACCUUCCCACAAUGCACUGGGGCAACGAGGAGGUCAGCGUCCUAUUGGCCGAAGCCUACAGGUUGAAAUUUGCCUUUGCAGAUGCCCCCAACCACUACAAGAGAUGAUAGGUCGUUUGCACCCAUCUCCUCAGACUUCCUCCUGUUUUACUCCCCGUAUGUUGAAUACUGGAAGGACCGCUUCUUCAUCGUCAACAUCCUUUCUGCGAUGGGCCUUUGAGAUUUGAAUCAACCAAUGACUGCGAAGGACAAGUUUAGCAUCUUUUUAAAUUAUAGCUCCAAUCAGCUUUGGCGUAUAGACUUGAACUUAAUGUGGGAGAUGCGUAAGCUAGCACCUCUUUGGUACAACCUUAGGCCUAAUGCAGGACUGCAGCAUGACAUCGCCCGGGGAUGCUGUCACGCUCUGAGAAAAUGCUCCUUCCAUGGUAAUACAUUGUUUUCCCCUUUCCCUCCGGAGGCAAAAAUCUGACCUUUUUUCAGUUCAGAAAGACAAAGCACGAAGGCAAAAGGGCAAAGCUCCAGAUGGUUUACAUAUCUGAGCUCUCCUGGUGACCACCGGAGGGAACGCCAAUAUUGUGCUAAUUUUUUUCUGUUUUUAUUUAACUUAACAUGUUUUUUUUGCUUCGUGAACAAACGUGAUCAGGAUGUCUAAGAUGCAACGUCAAGUCAGGGACUUUUUUUUUUGCUAUGUUUUACAGUUAACGUUUAGAUGUUCAAAUGUAAAGCCAGGUCCAGUCAGUAAUAAUGUAGUCUUUUGUAAGAUAACACCCAAUCACUACUUGCCUGUGCCUUCAUUUAGGCAAACUAUCAGAUUGUAUUUUUAAACUGAUGUUGAUUGGUUUUCUGUCUGUUCAAUUGCAUUCACAGGAAAUUCAAAUUAUCAUUUUGAGCUGCUUUGCUAUUACCAUCUUAUUUAUCCAAUAUUAUCAUAUAUUUUACACAAUCAACAUGUGGAUAAAAAAAAUAAUAAUAGAUUUGAUGAAUUUGGUAAAUGAGGUAUUGUUUGAUUAAGUUCAAGUGGCUGGUGUAAUUGGUAGCCACAUGCUUUAAUUAAGACACUGUACCACAAGACGGCCCAACCGUUGAUUUAGUAUGACUCAUGCGAGAGGCUCACAUCCUCUUCAAGUACUUAAUUAUACUGAUUUGCUUUCUCCUAAUACUUGUUUCUUAAAAUAAAAUAAUUGGUCUGAAAAGCAGUUAUAAUAUAUAAUGUAACAUCUAGCUUAUAUGAGUCAUAAGACUGCAAAAAAACAACAACAUAAAAAACAAGAAAUCAGUUACUAUAUAUACAUAUAUGCUCUUUUGUUCCACUGGGGGAAAAUUGUGUUCCAGGUAUGAGCCAUAGCUUAGUUUUAGGCCUGGAUUAGUGGCGUAAUGGCUUCUUGUUGUCCAGCUGACAUAAUUAAAUUUUGCUAUCUUCAAAAGCAGCCAUUUUUACCACAAAUUUGUAAUCUGCUUAUAUUAGACAAAUUUGGCACUACCAUGGCAAAACAAAUUUGAUACACAAAUCUAUGACUACAAAGUAAACAAAUGUCCUAGCAAUUAUAAUUAAAUCAAUUGCUUGGAGGUUACCAGUUGCCCCUCAUGGAACGAAAGCCCUUAAUAUUACCAACUCACCCUCCUCACCCCUAAAACCUUCAAAGUCCCAUAUUAUGCUGAAAAAUGUCAUUUCUGUCCAAAUUUACCAAGGAGUCGUGUGCAUGUUUCAGUAAUCCUGCUGAGGCCAUGUUCUCAAGAUAUGAAAAUGUGAUAUUUCAACAGUCUCUUCCCGUCCAAGUGCUUCUCAUUCUAAUCAAACUCAUUCUCAUUACCAAACUGCCCUGUGCCUUCACUAAAAACAUCUCUGCUAGUUACAAACUUAAGUGUCACCAUCUCCUCUCUUUACCUAAUUUGAACUUCUUCACAAUUUUACUUUUCUCCAAGUAUUUCAGGUUGGAUGAAAUACAAUUGCGAAAGCUCCAAAUGAUAGAAAAAUAGAAUAAAGCAUAAUAUGGGAGCUUUUAUGGUCAUUUUUGGUUUUCAGGUAGACAUUAUCCACUCUUCAAUCCUUAAGAAAAUGUUUGCGCAGACUUCUGAUAAAUUAUGAUAAACUACUAACAUUUAGAGUCUCUUGGCAUCUGACUAAUAACAUUUUAUUUAAGUUUACAAGCUCCGUGUUUCCCCAUACACUCCAACAAGACGAAACUGUGCUCAAUGAAUGCCUUCUCUUUUGUACUUUCUUUUUAUCAGCGUUUUAAAGAUAUGUGUUCACUUUUAUUUUACGUUCUUUAUGUGACAAGCCUAUUGAGUUGUGCCUGACUUUGGAGACAUAAGACACGCUGAUUUAGUGUGACCUUAAAUCAACCUGACAACAGUGACUCUAGAGUUUUAUGUAGAAGAGAGGUGGUAGUUUUUUUUUGCACAUUUAACUUGGAAAACACAGCACAAAUGUUCUACUCAGCCCUUUGAACUACUGUUAUCAAGAACAAAGAACAGAACUGAGUUGUUUUCAUUGUGAGCAAGUGUCUAGAAAAAUCUUUCAAUUUAAAUAUUAACCAAAUAAUGAUGAUGAAUUGAGUGUCCGAAAGUGUCAUGAGCGUGGGUAGAAAACAGGGUAUGUGUUUUUCUCUGCCAAAAACUAUUGUGCUUUGGUGUCUACUCUGUAUGAAACCAUAUGGAACUCAAUAGUCCCACCCACCUUGAAGCUUAUAUACAGUAUUUCCCAUUCAUUUUCUCCACAGACCUUUCCAAAACUUCAAAUAUUAAGAGUUUAAAAACAUUUUUAGUCCAAAAAAUGCAAAACUUAAAAUUUGGCAAAAUGUAAUUAGUCCUCUAGCCAGGCUGGCGCGACCUAGUGCCUCUGCUCGAUUUCAUUUCUCUCCAACGAUUAGAUCAGGAAUCAGGAUGGCUCACAAAAACCACGGAAGUGCAAGUUCAGGCAACAGCCAAUCAGCGAAGAGUCAUAUAUUCAGUGUUGGCAACGAUUCCAGAGAUUGAGGAUUUAAAGCUGGGAUAAAGAGAAUGUUUGGUGAAUUUUAUCAAGGGGAAAGACGUUAUUGCCCUUCUUCCUACAGGAUUUGGGAAAAGCUUAAUAUACCAGUUAGCCCUGUUAGCGGCCCAUUACAUACGUCACGACCAAAUAGCAGCGAUUGGUUAAAUAAUAAAAAGUACCCACCUACCGUCGAACAAAAUCUAAGGCUGCGAGGUCAGACGGUUUGUACGAAGUGAAACUGGCUGAUGAGUCAGGCUAUUAGUCCUCAGCAAGCUUUAAAAAUCUUAACAUUAUUUUUAUUUUAUUUGCAUUUUUUUGUUUAGUUUUGUUUUUUCCAUCAAAAUGUCUGUGGGAAAAAUGACUGGGAAACUUCUGUGACCCGAGAGGUUGGUGAGACUGUGGAGUUGCAUGGAAACAGACAUGAGAAGUUAUUUCAUAGGUAAAACAUAAGGUCUGUAUUUGUACCUAUGAAGGAAAGAAAAUCAGAAAACCACUGUCUCCCAAAGUUGAGUUGCCUUAUUGAACACAUUAUUAUUACAGUGUCUCAAAGAGUAAGCAGACAUGCCUAGGUAGAGAGACAAUUACCGCUGCAGGCUGACAACUUCUGUAUUAGCUGUCAAUGUGUGUAUGCCUAGCAAAGACAUCUAUCCAGACAGCCAAAUGGGGUUUCAAACAGGCCUAAAACGAAAUCAUUUUUUGCAAUAUCCAAAAUGGGUGUUAGUGGUGAAAAUGUUAUUGUGCUUGGCAGUGGCAUGCAACUCCUGAUUUCUAAACGUUUCUCUAGUGUUGCUACAGUGUGACAUCAGUUCCAAAAUUAAAAUGGCGACCCAUUUUUGUAUUUUAAAAAAAUAUAUUUUUACGCAAGAUGUGCUUUAAUAAACAAACACAGAGCAUUUAUGAGCGAGAACCCCAUCUCUGCGCUGUCGUCCGUCUCCGUGGCAGUGAAGACCUGAAAGCGUUUUGGCUGGAGCUUACUUCUGUGCUUUGCUCCUGUGCUUUGAAACUGCAACAAAAACACAAGCAACAUCUCCGGGAGGUUAACCUGCAGUAACAUUUUCAGCCACUGUACCCCAUCUUUUUUUCUUUUUUUUUCUACAAACUUGAAAAAUGUGGCUAGGAUUGAAAUAAGUCUGGGUUUGUGCUUGAGUGUGGGUGACAGGAGGUCCUUGAAUUUAAAACAUGUACAGAGAAGAUUUUGAAAUUGUAAAUACAAAGUGUAAAUAAAUCCUAUCUAUGACAAACUAGA